GUCAGGUUCAAUGUCUGGUGGUCCAAUUCGUAGGGCAUCACAAGCUCUUCAAUUGAUUCUUCGUUCGCUUCCCGAAAACUGUCUUUUCAAUAUCGUUUCUUUUGGAAGCAGAUUUGAUUCCUUGUUUAAAGAAAGUGUGCGUUAUUCAGAAGAUACAUUUUCAAAAGCUUUAUCUCAUGUCGAAAACAUGGGUGCUGAUUACGGAGGAACAGAAAUAAAAGACGUUCUCGAAUGGGUAGUUAAGACUGCUCGUAGUGAUAUGCCAACCUCGGUUUUCUUAUUAACGGAUGGUGAAGUGUGGAACGUUGACGAAAUAGUUCAACUGAUUCAGAAAACUGCCAACGACCCAAAGAAAACUUUCCGACUCUUCUCUCUAGGAAUUGGAUCCAGCGUCUCGCAUCAUUUAAUCGAGUCAAUUGCUCGAGCUGGGAAAGGGUAUUCACAAUUUGUCACUGAUGAAGAACGCAUGGAUAAAAAAGUUGUCGGGAUGGUUAAGAAUGCAAUUAAAAACGCGUUAACUGAUUAUAAAGUAGAAUGGAUUGACGAGACGCCAACAGAUAGCAAGAAAAGAUUAUCGAUUAGUUCAUUUCCUUGGGAUUCGUCGAAAAAAAAUGAAAUCAAAUUUCGUCAAGCUCCCAAUUCUAUUCCCGCCAUAUAUUCGGGCGUGCGUGUGGUAGUUUACGCGAUUCUGGCGAAAGGCGUUGAGCCUAAAAAAAUUAUAAAUCUUUCAGCACAAUCCCUGGAUAGUCCGAUUAAACUUGAUGUUAAAGUAGAUCCAGUAACUCUUCAGGGAUCGAAAAUACAUACUUUGGCUGCUCGGAAAUUAAUUCAGGAUUUGGAAGAAGGAACAUCCAAUUUGCAUGCGGAUUCUACCGGAAAAGAUAAAGUUUCCGACGACCUUGUCAAAGAACAAAUUAUCAGUUUAGUCUUGCAUCAAGACAUACCAGCAAUUAACGAGAAAACUAACUCGGAAAUCGCUAGAAGUGAGACACUUAAACAAAAAAGAGAAGUUCCAGGACAAUCAAAUUUUGUUACUUUUGCUGGUGCUCCAAUGGUUCGUCAAGCUGCAUAUAUGGUAUCUGCAGCAUCUGCAGUGGGUUUCUCAUGCUCAUAUUCGCCGCCGUCGUUACGAAAACCUAUGCUACAAUCAUCAUCAUUUUCACCCAACAAUUCAGCUCCUAGAACUUUAUUAUCAGGAUCAAAUUUCCAAGGUCAAGCGUUACAAGCUCAAACGUCACAAGCUCAAGAGCAAGAACUAUCACCAUCGUUUGAUAUAAAGACACCAACUAUCGAAACAUUAUACGAAUUUUUAAAACUCCAAUCAUUCGAUGGAAAGUUCGUUGCAACAAAUUCUAAUUUCUCGGGCUUGUUUUCCGGGAGUGAUUCCAAGAAAGAUGACGAUUUGGUAUGGAUAACAGCUGUGGCAAUGGCUUAUUUGGAAAUUGUGAUGAAGGA